AUGGACCCCCGGGGGAUCUCUCUUAAAGCCCUGGCUGUCAUUGCGCCUCAGCUGCACGAAUUCACGUUCUGCGAGCCACGUAAAGUGGAGGAGGGGGCUCGGAGGGGAAUAUUCACAGGACCGGUGCUGCUGGCGCUCGAGUUCCUCAGGGCUCGCCGCCUCUCCUUCCGCUUCCUCAGCCACGAGCUCAAGCUGAAACUCGCCCUUUCUCAUGACUCCCUCACCUCCUUCUCAGCCUCCGCUCUCUCCCUCACCCUCGCCUGCCGCUCUGCCCGUCCUCUCGCCUUGACCCAGCUUUUGCUGUUUGGGGAGGAGAGGAUCCAUAUUGCCUCCUUUGAGGUUGCCUCGGUCCGUGCGCUUUACCUCAACGCCCCGAUCAAGUUCCUGCCGCAGCAGCCUGCCCCCAUCCCCGUCGCUGCUGUUCGCGAAGGCAUGGAGGUGUGCGGGGAUUCGUUUGUGUUUAUCCCGCCGCCGUUGCCGUUCGCAUGGGCGGACUGGCUGCGUGCACUCGCGCCAACAGUGGAGCUGCUUAUAACAAGGCAUGACAUCCGCCUUGCAGACUGCAAGUUUCCCUGGCCGCGGUUGCGGAGCCUCGGGAUUGUCGUGGAGAGCGAUUACUUUGCAUGGAACGAACCUCGCGGGGAGAUGGCGGUGGAAGAUGUGGCGAAAGCAGAUGGGAACGAGUACGUACAGUUUUCGAGAGACCAGCGGAGUGAUCGGAGGGAGGAGGGGAGGGAGAGGGAGCGCGAGAUGUUGACUCGAGGGUUGACUCGCUUCCAUGCAGGCCCGUUUGGGAACCAGCUUGUUGGUGUUGGGCCCGAGGAUUACGAUGGUGUUGAUGAUGGUGAAGAUGUGACUGAUAUGGUGCAUGCGACACCUGCACGCAUGCCUGAUCCCCCCUUUCUGUGCACCCCUCCAAGCAUUAACGCUCCAAAUCUGCGAGCCAUCUUCUUCCCGACCCGCUGCGACACACCCAUAGCCCUGCUGGAAGAUCUCAAGGAAAGAUAUCCCUCCCUGGCACUGUACUGUGUUGCGAGGCGCACGUGGUACUGGGAGAGGAAAGAGAUGGGGUUGAUUGAUGGGCCGGUGGCGCAUGUGAGGGGGCCGAGAGGAGGGAAGGGUAGCGCUUCUUUUAGGAAUGGGAGGAAGAGCGUUCGGGACAAGAUGCACAGUGUGAAUCGCGGGCUGAUGGCAGGGUAUAGGCUGGAUGAGGAGGAGUGGUUCAUGGUUGAAGCCGGUCCCGAGGCGCCCGUCCCUUAG